AUGUUUAACGCAUCCUCCCUUCGGCUUGGUCGCUGGGGCUCGAUGACCGACCCCGGCUGGGCGGCCGAGAUGAGCAAGCUCACCGUCGGCCUGACUGUGCUGCUCGUGGCCUAUGCGGUGGCGCACAAGCAGCGCCUUAAACGGCGAACAAAAAAAGCUGCCUCCGUGGACCCUGACAAACUGUGGCCAAAGGUCCCGGGCAUGGAGCGCGGCUCCGUGCUCACCGAGCAGGGUGUGCGCCUGGCGACUUUCCGAUUUGACGCGCAGCACCCGAAAGCGGCCGCGAUUCUGGUGCAUGGCGUUGGCGUAUCCUGCCGCUUUGAGUUUCUGCGCACGACGUGCGACGGCGGACUGCGGGACCGAUACGAGGACUCUGCGCUUGACAUCAUGCGUAGGGCGGGCAUCAGCAUCCUGGGGUACGACCACCAGUCUCACGGCUCUAGUGAGAGCCUCGAGCCCGGCGUUCGCUGCUACAUUGACCAGUUCGACGACCUGUGCCGCGAUCUGCUCCUCGUGCACGAGACCUUUUGCGCCUCUCUCCCCGCGGGAACCCCCGUCUUUUGGGUCGGCAUCUCCAUGGGCGGCGGCGUCGCGGUGCGAGCUGCGCAGAUGCUCGCCACGUCACGGCCCCCGCGGGGGCUGGUGCUCCUCGCCCCAAUGAUAUCCCUCACCGCCAUCCGCGAUGAGUACUUCUGCCGGUGGCUCGGCCUCCGCAACGGCCACCUCGUGCCGCUGAUGCACUCGCUCUCGCGCCUGGUGCCGAGGCUGCCCAUCGUGGCUCGUGCAAAGAGCGCGGUGCACCCUCACAUGGAGGCGGAGCUGCAGGCUGACCCGCUGAACUGGACGCGAUCAUUCCCUGCGCUGCGGCAAGACCGCUCCUCGCCCGCGCGCUCUCCAUACGAGCCUCCCCUUCCACACACUGGGCUCCUGUCGCUCUAA